CCUCCCCCUCCUCCUCCUCAACUCAACCCCUCCUUGUCAACGACACCCAAAAAGAAAAGAAAAAAAAUGACCGAUCAGUCGUCCCGUCUGAGCAUCACCAACCUUCGGACAGCCUCGAAGCUAAUCAAACAGGCUGCCUCAACCUUCUCCUCCAAUCUCUUCACCUUACUCUUCCUCUCUUUGUUGCUUUUCUCUUUCCGUACAUUCUUCGAAAAUGGGGCCCACGUCUUCUCUUCUUUCAUCGACCGCGACCCUUCUCUCAAAUCACUCCUCUCCCGUCUCGACCUUGCCGGCCGCCACCACCACCGCAUUCACCAUCCCCUCCCUCGCCGUCACCGUCCCUUCCUCCACCUUACUCGUGUCGGUACCCUAGAUGAUGAUUUCUUUUCUGCUGAUGAAGAAUCUGAUUCCCCCCUCUUCCCAAAGUUCCCUCCCAAUAGGAGUUUCGUGAUUCUCCACAACUUCGAUCCCGAAUUCGGAUUUUCCGAUGCCGUCAUCGAUAACGGGAUUAAAGUCCCGGAAAUUGUCCGGUCCGGUAUUCAGUUCAAGGCUGCGGAAGAAAUUCAUUCGUAUGUUGAUAAUACAAAUCAUGAUAACGAUGAGGAUAGUGAAAGAAGCCGCGAAGAUUUUAGUAAAGAGAAUGGAGAGGAGAAGAUAGUGGAUUUGCAGUUUCUAGUGAAGGGGUUGGAAUUGGGGAGACGCGACGCAGCUGCCUUGUUUUUUCUAGUAAGUUUUCUAUCUGCUGCUUAUGGUUGGGUCAUUUUAGGAUUUACUGCAAUAUAUUCGUGGGUUUUAGGUAUUGUUUUUGUUGUUGUUGUUAAUGAUUUGUUAGGGAGGUAUGGUUCGUUUAUUGGGGUUGUUUGGGAUGGGUCUAGAUUAGGGAGUAAGAGAUUAGCUGGGUUUAUUUUGAUGAGGUGGGCAGUGAGGGAUGCUUUGACUCAGUUGGUGGGCUUGUGGUUUUUUGGUGAAAUUGAGGAUCAGUAUUCAUUUUUUAAGCUUUUCAUCAGGUUGAAGUUGAUGCCGUUUUCGAUUAUGUUACCAUGGAUUAAUGGGUUUGAGAAGGAGAUUUCGAGGUUUUUGGUUAUUUGGAUGUUGUUGGAUUUGGUCGUGGGGUUUAUAUUUGCUGUGGAUGCUUGGGUUACAGUUGUGGAUACAAGAAGAACUGGGAGAGAAAUUUUGAAAGAAGGCUGUUAUUUGAUAUCCACUAUGUUUAAUCAGGCAUUACAGAUUAAAUGUUACGAGGAAAUACUUUGUGGGUCAGCUGCGAGAUGGGUUUUUUCUCGGGUUUUUGGGAAGUUUUUGGCCACCCUUUUGCAGUCAACAUUUGAGGUUUACUUUAUGGUGGCUUGGCUCAUUUUUUACUUCGUGGCGAGGUGUAAGGAAGCUGAUUCUGAUGGAAGGAGGUUUGGGAGGAGAGAAUUAGAGGGGUUGAUUGAUGGCUUAAGAUGAUAACCAUAGAUGAUGAGAUUUCUGCUCUUUCAUUUGCAGGCUAAUUCAACAACGAUGCUUAAAUAGCAAGUGCGAUACUCUGUCAGUACGCUAUUUUUGAAUUCCCAAUGAGUCAGCACUGCCACUGGCUGCUGUAGCCACCAAAAUUGUUGUAUGUAUUUUUAUUGCGAGGCAAUAUACUACUUGUGGAUAAACUCACAAGUGCUUCAUGUGUAUAUUUGUUGCAAUCAUUGUUCUAAAUGCCUUUCAAUACUGUUGCUGCUGUUGAUCAUGAUAUGGAUGAAGGUAUUUACUUACA